AUGGCGAGUUGCGAAGGUGGAGCACCAGCAAUUGGCAUUGACUUGGGCACGACAUACUCUUGUGUUGCAGUAUGGAAAAACAACAGAAUCGAGAUCAUACCCAAUGACCAAGGAAAUCGAACGACGCCAUCUUGUGUUGCUUUCACUGAUUCUCAACGUCUAGUUGGUGAUGGUGCCAAGAAUCAAAUUGCAAGGAACCCUGCUAAUACAAUAUUCAAUGCAAAGAGGUUGAUCGGCCGGAGGUUCAGUGAUGUCAUGGUGCAGGAAGACGUAAAAUUAAUGCCAUUCAGGGCCAUAGAAGGGCCUGGCGACAUGCCAAAAGUUGUUGUUACUCACAAAGGUCAUGAGCGACAAUUUUCUACAGAGGAAAUUUCAUCAAUGGUUCUAGCCAAGAUGAAAGAGAUUGCGGAGGCAUAUAUCGGUUGCACAGUGAAAAAUGCUGUCAUCACUGUCCCGGCUUAUUUCAAUGACUGUCAGCGUCAAGCAACCAAGGAUGCUGCUACUAUUGCUGGAUUAAAUGUGGUGCGCAUGAUCAAUGAGCCAACUGCAGCUGCAAUUGCUUAUGGUGUAGACAAUAGGUUCGGUGGAAAGAAGAAUGUACUUAUCUUUGAUCUUGGUGGUGGUACUUUUGAUGUCUCUCUUCUCACCAUUGAUGGUGUGGGUAAGUUUGAGGUGAAGGCUGUUGCUGGCGACACUCAUUUGGGAGGUGAGAAUUUUGACAACCGAAUGGUAAAUUAUUGUGUUGAUGAUUUUAAGAAGAAAUGGAAUAAGGAUUUGAGUGGAAAUCAAAGAGCACUAGGAAGGUUGAAAGUUGCUUGUGAGAAAGCAAAGAGAAUUCUUUCAUAUGAUACUCAAGUUUCAGUUGAACUAGAUGUGCUGCUGGAUGGUAUUGACUUUUCUUUGAAGAUUACUCGUGCCAAAUUUGAGGAGCUUAAUAAGAGUUUCUUUGAAGAGUGUAUCAAGCAACUUGAGACAUGUUUAGUAGAUGCUAAUAUGUACAAAGGAGAUGUAGAUGAGGUGAUUCUUGUUGGUGGAUCAACUAGGAUACAAAAGGUCCAAUCUAUGUUACAAGAGUUCUUUGAUGGGAAGGAGCUACGCAAGAGCAUCAACCCUGAUGAAGCUGUAGCUUAUGGGGCGGCAGUUAUGGCUUCCAAUUUAUGUUGUCAGCUGACUACGAAGAUGAUAAAGGAUUUGAUGCUAUUGGAUGUCACUCCCUUGUCACUUGGUAGGGGGGUAAGAGGAGAAAGAAUGAGUGUUGUGAUCCGGAGGAACACUCCUAUACCUACGAAGAAGACCAAGAAUUAUUAUAUAACUGAAGACAACAAAACAUAUUCAAAUAUCAAGGUGUACCAAGGUGAACGGACUAGAUCUACUGAUAACUUCUUGUUGGGAUCUUUUACAAUUUCAGGGAUUCCACCAGCUCCCAAGGGAUCAUAUCUAUCAGUAGUUGAGCAUUGCUUUGAAAUAGAUGCUGAUGGUAUCCUCACAGUUACGGCUAAGAUAGUAUCCACGGGUAAGACCAAAAGCCUUACUGUUACCAAUCUGAGUGGAAGAUUGUCAAAGCAUGAGAUAGAGAAAAUGGUGAAAGAUGCUGAGAAGUUCAAGCUAGAGGACCAAAAGUUCAAGAGGAAAGCUGAAGCAUGCAAUUCAUUGGAGGAUUACAUAUAUGACUUAAAAAAUAAGAUUAAGAGAAAGUAUAUGGCCCCACAGGAUUUGAAGAACGUGCAGAAUGCAAUUGAUGAUACCGAGGAAUGGCUCUCUAGUGGCAAAGUUGCAGCUGUUGAUGAGAUUGAGCGCAGGAAGGAGAUGCUGGAGUUCAUAUCCCGGCUUGCAUUUUCUAACUAA